UCACCUCUGCAGGAUUUACUUUCAUUUAAGUUUUGUGAGAACAGACAACAAGCAGAGACAUCGGCAGAGAGAAGCUAAUGAAAUGGCUGGUUCGGUUGAUAUUUUCAACUCAGCGCAAAGCCACCCUGCUGCAGAGUUGAGGAUUGUGUUGAUAGGAGGGAGAGAUCUAGAUGGAAGUCUCAGUGGUAGAAGUUCAGCUGGAAACAUCAUUCUGGGUCAAGAUGUUUUUGACACCAGAAGAAGAACAGCUCAGAGUGAAGCGAAGCAGCAGGAAGUAUUCGGCAGACUAGUUACAGUAGUUGAUACUCCAGGCUGGUGGUGGCAUUAUUUAAGAGAAGACACUCCAGAACUGGAUCAGAUAGAAAUCCAGAACAGUGUCCAUCUGUGUCCUCCAGGACCUCAUGUGUUUCUUCUGGUCAUUCCUGUUGAUUUUUAUUUAUCCAAACCAUCACUAAAGGAGCACCUGGAACUUUUCAAUGCAGAUGUUUUUAGUCACACCAUUGUGAUGUUCACUGCAGUUGCUCCAUGUAGUGAUAAAAUGAUAGAAUCUCAUAUCAGAAGAUGUCCAACCCUGCAGUGGAUUCUUCAACAAUGUGGAAACAGAAAACAUGUUCUCAACAUCAGGAACAGAGACGAUGAAGAUCAAGUCAAGAUGCUUUUUGAGAAAAUUGAGACCAUGGUUGCAAACAAUGGAGGAAGACACUGUCCUGUUGACAUUUCUCAUGGAAAUGCUCUGAGAGAGAAAAUAAAAGUCUUGGUUGAAAAAGGCUCAAAAAGGUUUGGUGACGUACAGAAACAAAGAAGACAACUGAAGAUACAGAUUGAAGGUGGAAAAGUCCCUCCAAACCAUUUGAAAAUAGUGAUAAUUGGUUGUUUAUUGGCUGGCAAGAGCUCAACAGGAAACACCAUUCUAGGAAAAAAUGCAUUUGGUGUUAAAAAAAUGGAUCAACUAACACCAACACACAGUGAAAUAAACCACGGUGUGGUUGAAGGAAGGCGGCUCACGGUGGUAGUUUCUCCUGGAUGGUACCUCAUCCACACCCUUCAGGACACCAAUGAGAUGGACAAACUGGAAAUUGAGAACAGUGUGUAUCUGUGUCCUCCAGGACCCCAUGCUGUGCUGCUGGUUAUUCCUCUAGCAAUCAACAUUGAUGCAUCAUACCUAAACGGUGUCCAGCAACACAUGAGUCUGUUUAGAGAAGACGUCUGGAAACACACACUUGUUCUGUUCACCAGAGGAGACUGGUUAGGAGUGAAGACUGUGGAGGAGCGUAUAGAGAGUGAAGAAGGUCUGCAGUGGAUAGUGAACAAGUGUGGGAACAGGUAUCAUGUCCUGAACAACACGGAUCACAGUGAUGCGACUCAGGUACAUGAGCUCCUUGAGAAGAUUGAAGAGAUGUGGGCAGGAAAUGAAGAUCCUUAUUAUGAAGUGGACCUGGACCGAGCUGCACAGAUAGAAGCCAAGAAAGAGGCUGGAGACAAGAUGGCCAGAAGGUUGAAGAAGAUCAAUGAGAGACAGUCAAGAGUGUUGAAAGAGGUGCUGGGAGGUGAGAGAAAGCCAGUCUCUGACAUCAGGAUUAUUCUGGUUGGCCAGAUACGUUCAGGAAAAAGUUCAGCAGGAAAUCAGAUUCUUUUCAAGGAGAGAUUUAACAUAACGUUUGGCAGAGCUAUGUUAAUGAACUUGAAAAAGAACUACCAAGAUGAAAGAGGUACCAGAACAUGUGUAAAACAUGAAGGAAACUUUAAUGGAGUAAAGGUCUCAGUUGUUGAAACACCAGGUUGGUUCACAGACCCAACACCACCAGACUGGAUCAAAGAUGAAGUUCUCCACAGUGUCUCUAUGUGUCCUCCAGGACCUCAUGUUUUUCUCCUGGUUGUUCCGAUCUCCAGAGCUUUCACAGAGAAAGAUCUCAAAGCUCUGGUGGAGGUCUUGAAACCAUUAACAGAGAGAGUGUGGAGACACUGCAUGGUGCUGUUUACCUGGGGAGACUGGCUCAAUGACCUCCCUGUAGAGAACUACAUUGCCAGAGAGGGCAAGGAGCUCCAGGAGCUUCUGGAGAAGUGUGGAAACAGAUACCAUGUUCUAAACCCCUACAUUUCCGAUGGUCCUGUUGAAGUCAAAGAGCUGUUCCAAAAAAUUAUUGACAUGGUAAAACUAAACAAAGGAUGUUUCACAACUGAAGUAAAAAGAAAAUCGUUUGAGAUUUCUUCUUGGCUGGGAAAGAAACACAUGCUGACAGAAGAUGAGUGGAGUAGACGUGAGCAGGACCUGAUAGAGAGAAUGUUGAAGGCUUUAUCGAAAGAACCAGAGGAACCAGCAGUACCUUCUGAGAAAAUGGCACAUAGCAUGGAUGAUCAUCACAUUCCAGACAUGAGCGGAGAUGUUGCCUCAGAAUAUGGGAGCCUUUCAGAGUUCAGGAAUCAGCGAGCACAUGACAACGUUGCUGAAUGGUUGAGCAGGAGAGUGAGAGAGUCUGAGAUCAGCUCUGGGAUUGGCAGCAUUUGUUCUUCAAGCACUUAUAUGGAAAAUAUUGAUGAAAGUCCCAUAAUGGCAGCAAAACAACCAGCAAAUAGUUCUGUCUCUGAAACGAUCCCCUGAAAUUUUUCUCAGACAUCACAAAGAUUCAACUUUUCUGACAGGUUUAACCUUUGUUCAAACAUUUGAAGGCCAAACAUAUAAUUAAAAAAACUUCAACAAACAAAAUAAAAUAAUAACUACAGUUACACUAAAAACCUACAUGUUGGACUGACCCGUAGAUUUUCACUUUUAGCUAUAGAUAAAUGUGCUGAUAUUUAAACAUUCAGGAAUACACUUCUCAUUAGGACUGAACCUCUCUUGCCUGUGGUGGAUCGUAAAUGUAUUUCAAUACAUUCCCUCCUAACAGUUACCACUGGCAUGUGUGGAGAUAAAGUGAAGUCCAUCAACCAGAGGUUUUUAGUCACCUUUAAGUCCGAGCAAACUUCUGAUCUUUGUAAUUCACACUUUACUGUCUCUGCUCCGUUUAGAAGUUAAUUACUGCAGCAUUCAUCUCAAGGUGCAUGGUUACUUUCACAUAAUCAAUAACGUAAGAUGUUUUUCUUAGUCUUCAAAGAUGUUCAUGGGUACUAAGUGAAAGAAAUGUUGUAAUGAGAUGCUGUAUCUUUGUGUUGAACAUUUCUGCUUCACCGCCUCUCCAAAAUGUUCUCGUCACCAGCAGUACCUUGUUAGACUUGUUUCUUGGUCAGGCAGCAGAAGCUGUUCACUCAACUUUUUUUUUCUGUUAUUGUUAACAAAAACAAACUGGUCUUCUUCUGAUAAAACAUGACAUGUCUAUAAACCUUUUAAGUUUUAGAUGUAGAGGUGGUUUCAGAGAAGAACCUCUUGAAAAUUGGAGGGUAUUGAAAAGAAGAGAUUAAGUAAACAACUUUAAAAACAUGUUUAUGGGGAUUUUUCAAAUGAAAUUUAUACUAGAAAAUAUAAAGCAUAGUACAUUGACAAAUACUGAUAUUAAACUUGGGGAUUGUCUGAAAGUGAUGUGACAAACAGAUAUUUGAAUUUAAAAGGGAUUUUAUUCAUUUAUAUGUGUUAUACAUUACAACUAGGUUUUAAUAACUGGCAGGAUUGUUCUUGUUGGACAAAAAUGUUCUGAAUAGAGUGAAGCUGGAAAUCUGUUCCUUUUUAAUAAAAUAUUCCGCCUCAGUUUGAAUCUAAGUUGGUUGAAGAAGGUAACCUUGUAUUUUGCCUGCAGAUCAAUAUUUUACAUGUCAACUCUGUGAGGGAUGCCAUGUUUGAGGUGUCAGAGAUUUCACAGAAAAAGAUCUCUGAGCUGUCCAGACACAUCCUCGAGAAACAUAGGCCACCAAAACCAAGGGGGCAGCAGACAUGUAUGUCUAAAGUACAUUAAAAUUGGGGUUGUGGCUGGGGUCUGAGAGACACCCAUGCUUGCUGACAGUGGAGUCUCCUUCAGCCCAAGCCCAAAUGUUUGGCAGGAUAGAGUCACCACAGAGGGGACCCCAAACCCAUGUUCUGUAAAGUAUGUCCAGGGUUUCUGCAGUUUCAGUAAGUUAUAUUUAGGAACUUUAAGGACUCUUUUAAGACCAUUAUAAAUAAAAUUUUAGACCUAUAACAAUUAUACAAAAUAAUGCACCUUAAUACCUGGCUUAUUUAAUAGCGUAUGUGUAACUUAUUUGAAAAUUUAGGCAAUUUUUAAAAACAAUGUUAUCCACUAAAUUUGGUAUUUUGCCGUUCUGACAAGUAACUAAAGUUUUAUUUCACAAUUAAAACCGUAAACAAUAAACUUUAUAACUGUCAUAUUGAUGGGUUUUAGUCAACUACAAAAAUCACACAUUUCAAGCCAAACCCUAAAUUAUGCUUUUAUCAUAACGAAGGACCUGGUUGUAAAUAUCUAAUCAGAAUGUUUUGAUUUUAAUUUCUUCAAGAAAGGUUCUGAAAGUUCUGUAGUUUUGUCGAAGCAUAACAGUGCCAAGAUCUCAUUCAGAACCAAAGCAGAUAAGGUUAAUGAAAACUGUAACUUAAUAAAAAACAGUAAAUAUAAUGAAUAAAGAACAACAUUUUAAAAUAAGACCCUAGUAUAAGGUAAUUUAAGACAUUUUACGGAAAAUCUCAGCUUAAUUAAGACUUUUUUAAGGCCUAAAAUCUAAAUGGUUAAGUUCUAGAUCCUGCAGAAACCUUGAUGACAAAGUUUUUAUUUUCUGUCUUUUUAGGACCUUCAGAGUGUUGAUGAAAAGUUUGGUGCCUUGGAUAAGAGCCCUCGUCAUAACCUGAUAGUCUGCCUGACAUAAAAUAGUAAUCACCCCGCUCCCUGUCAUUUAAUCUAUGGCCUCCCAUGUGCAUGGUGAUCAAUAAAGCUAACCUGAG